AUGUCUCGACGUGCGACACCGGGCCAGGCUGCUCAGAACCAGCAGACUAUCAAGAGUCUGCUGAAACUUGAACACAACAAAAUAUGUGCCGAUUGCAAGCGCAACAAGCAUCCACGAUGGGCGUCCUGGAACCUGGGGAUAUUCAUUUGUAUCCGUUGCUCGGGUAUUCAUAGAGGCAUGGGCACACAUAUCAGCCGGGUGAAAUCCGUGGAUCUUGACUCCUGGACCGACGAACAACUUCAGAGCGUGGUGAGAUGGGGUAAUGCGAGAGCGAACAAAUAUUGGGAGGCGAAACUGGCGCCCGGCCACGUCCCGUCGGAAGCGAAAAUUGAGAACUUCAUUCGGACCAAGUAUGAAUCCAAGCGGUGGAUCAUGGACGGCCCGAUGCCCGACCCUUCCACGCUAGAUGAUGGUGAUGACGAUGUGCCCCUUGCUGUUGUUCAGGAAAAGGCAAAGAUUGAGCGUUCCGCAUCACAACGAGUAGCAACGUCUAGCCAACCACCGGCGGCGCAUCGCCAGCAAGCAUCUAUCGACCUCUUCGCUGACGAUGAUAUCGCUCCCCCAGCCCGUCCUAGCACCACGGACCCUACACCACGAGCCGCGCCGAAGCAGCCUCAGUCUGCUCCUAAGCCAACACGCCCUGGGGACUCUCUGCUCGGCCUUGACUUCUUUGGCAGCGCCCAGCCGGCCACCAACAGUCACCCGUCCAGCACGGUGUCUACCCCGGGUGCCUCCACUGGCAUUUCUAGGCCCGAUUUGAAGCAGUCUAUCCUGUCUCUUUACUCAAAGCCUCAGCCAGCCCCAGCGCAACAUGGGCGCACUUCUUCGUUUGGAGAUUUUGGAGACCUGGCGUCUCCUGCGCCGCCCUCAGCAUCGUCAUCUUCUAACCUGGGUGGUCUCACGGAUGCCUUUAGCGGACUUAGCUUCCCAUCGACUACUUCUCCACCGCUUCAAAAGCCAGCGGAAAAGCCAUCUCCAUUUGCUAAUCUAACAAGCUUCGCCACCAAGAAGUCCACUCCUGCAGCUCCGAAGGUCUCCUCCCCUACGGCCUCUGCCGGCAGUGGUGGGGGUAGUUUGUUCGACAGCCUUACCUCUCCCACUAUUCCUGCAGCCAAGCCUCAGUCCCGUACUACGUCGAUUUCUUCCAAUGGGUUCGACUCGGGAUUCACCGGUUUCGCGUCUCCUCCACCAUCUAAGCCGAACCCACCACCACCAUCCGCAUCAUUAUCCAAUGAUCUCUUCGGACUAACAUCCCCUGCUCCCGUUGCUUCGUCCAAGGUAUCUUCCCCUCCAGCACCGACAGCAACCUCACCGCAGCAAGAACUGAAGGCCGCUUUUAACCUUAAUCCCCCUGCGCCCGCUCCGAUGUCUGCAGCGCCAAAACAUAGCAUGUCCGGCACAACAGCAUCUAUCGCAAGCGCACUUCCGGCAAGCAUAGAUCCUUGGGGUGGAGGUAACGCAUGGAGCACUCUGGAUCCUGCGCCAGCUGCUCAGCCCUCCGGUUCAUCGAUGAUGAAGGUCCCCGAUACCCUGACUGCCAAUGACAUCGGGGCCGGUUGGGGCGCUCCGACCUCCCCACCCGGAGGUUCGAAGCAAGCACCGACAGUGGCUGCAGACGAAGACUUCGGAGGCUGGACCAGUGCAGCACCUAUCUCAUCCACGACGGCAGCCCCUACAAAUAUGAGCGUUCCAUCUAAACCGGCAGGCGGGUUUAGCGGGGCUGAUGAUCUAUUUUCUAAUGUAUGGGAGUAG